ACUGUUGUCGGUGGGGCCAGAAAACACCAGCUCAGUCGCUUUGGUGACACUUUUGACAUGAAGGCGUGGCUGCGCUUACGUUUCGUGUUUAUGUCAAAUCGAGCUGUUCAACCUGCUAGCUCUUCAAACCGUGGACAUUAAACGCGUGCUGCAGUGUCACCCCAGCCUGGGUGCCAUGGUCCUCUGUUACACAUGAGCUCUACUAUGUGGUACAUCAUGCAGAGCAUUCAAAGUAAAUACUCUUUGUCUGAGCGACUCAUCCGCACCAUCGCUGCCAUCCGCUCAUUUCCACAUGACAACGUGGAGGAUCUUAUUCGCAAGGGGGCAGACGUGAACCGGAUGCACGGCACACUCAAACCGCUGCACUGUGCCUGUAUGGUUGCUGAUGCUGACUGUGUGGAGCUGCUGCUGGAGAAGGGCGCAGAAGUGAAUGCUUUGGAUGGUUAUAACCGCACGGCUCUGCACUAUGCUGCAGAAAAGGAUGAGAGCUGCGUGGAGCUGCUGUUGGAGUAUGGGGCCCAGCCGAAUGCCCUGGAUGGAAACAAGGACACUCCACUUCACUGGGCUGCCUUCAAAGACAACCCAGAGUGUGUGAGGGCCCUGCUGGAGAGCGGCGCCUGUCCCAAUGCACGGGACUACAACAGUGACACGCCUCUGAGCUGGGCAGCCAUGAAGGGCAACCUGGAGAGUGUCAAAGUCCUGUUAGAAUAUGGCGCGCAGGUCCAUGUGACCAACCUAAAGGGUCAGACCCCUAUAUCCCGACUGGUGGCCCUGCUGGCCCGGGGUCUGGGGACUGAACAGGAGGAGGAGUGCUUGGAUCUGCUGUGCCGGGCCGCCGGGAGAUUUGAGAUCCGACGAGCUGAUGGCACCCUCCCAAAAGAGCUAAGUAAAGAUCCCCAGCUUCUAGCGAGGCUGACAAACAUAGUGACUCAGGCUCCAACGCUACGCUCUCUGGCGCGCUGUGCCAUACGGCAGAGCCUCGGCGUGCAGUUCCUCCCCACUGCUGUGAGUGAGCUCCCUCUACCAGAAACCAUCAAAGACUAUCUCCUGUUGAGAGACUGAUGCUGACAGCAAUCCAAGUCCUCGUACCUUUUACUGGCUGAUGCUCAGACAGCUCACUGCACCGCAUUUAAGUGUAUACAGGUGGAUGUAAAAAGAGAGAUGAGUAAUAAGACUAUUAUGUUGUAGAUGCACAGCACUUGGAUGAGUAGCAAUUUAUGAGCAGAUCCACCCAGCCUGCUUUACUAUACCCUUUUUGGGCUCUUUGAAUGAGAUGUGGUGGCAGAAAGAGGGUUUAACAUCAGAUCUGUGCAGCAUCAUAUUGGGAGUAAAUGGAAAUGAAGGAAGUUGUGUCAAAUAAGUCCUUUUCUCUGAUUGCUACCACUAAUUUAGAAUGAUUUUAAUCUGUUUAUAAUGCUGUUUUGUUUUGUGGAGUUAGGUCAGUAAGUUGGUAUGAUUUAUUUAAAAUUAUAAAAAUGUGUUUUGAAAGGUCGGAGGGUUAAAUAAGGCUGAAUAGAGUUUUGAAUGAGGAGUCGUGUUUUAAUAUAAAAUAAUCAGUGAGGGCUAAUGAUGUGUGAGGAUGCAAACUGAGCAUGUUUUCUGUCAGCGAGGCUCAAACAUGUGAAAAUAAGACCUAAUAAAACAUUUUUGAGGACAUAUGUUGUGCAACAUCUCACAUAAUGUGCCAGGAAGGAUUUUAUUUGGACUCUAGCAAAAGAGAUAAAAACAUAUUUGAGGCCAUUUAUGAUUCACUAUUUAUUUGUGCUAUAUCUGUUUGGAGAAAGCAGAUCCACCUGCCACAAAUGUUUGGUUUUUGGUAUUUUUAAUGAUAAAUGUGUCUAUUUUUGGCUUUCAAGGGUGCUCACUUGUUCAAAAAGAAAGCCACUUUAAAAAAAUAAAACAUCUAAAUGUUCUAACACGUAAAUAUGCAUGAUAACUGUGUUGUGUCUAAGUUCACGAGUUUACAAAACAGAGUUAGGUCUCAUAUCUGAUCAUUUUUGUGCUUGAUUGUUUUUUGCCUGCUUUGCUGAUUUAUAAAAGCAAAACCUAAUAUGUCUUGCAUAUGCCCACAAAGGUGCUUUGUUUAUGUAUGUAUUGCAAGUAAAUGUCUUUAUAUUCUAGUCCAUUUUUUUUCUUUUAACCAUUAAACACAAUAAUGUUCUACAAAUGUCA